UUUAGCUGGAAUGGGACGGGCCCAGAGGGGACUGACAGUUGAGUGAUUGGGGCAUACACCUUCCAUUGUGCCAAGUUUUCUAGACACAUUUUGGUUAAGCAACCAGGUAUGGCAAAAGAACGGACAAAAGGACUAAGUAUCCAAAUCCAAUGUUCAGUACUACAUGAAAAACAUGAAAAACGGCAAAAUUACCAAAAAUUGCUCCAGAAUAUAACCGAUAUUUGCUAUGAUUUUCGUAACAAACAACGUUGAAAAAUAGCACAUUUUUCCUAAGCCUUUAAGCUCAAGAUAUUUUAUCUAAAUUAAUUUUUUAAAGUCAAACUUAAUUUUCAAUGGUCCUUUUAUGUCAGGAAAUGGAAUAAAAUUUUGGCCAACGUGGAUAGAUUUGUUUCCGUCCAAUCUUUUGACCAAACCUUUUGGUAAUUUGUCAGAAAAAUUACGUUAAAUAUCUAUUGUUUGGUAAGAACCGGACGAAGAAAAAAACCUUAAAGACAAUUAUCGCGUGAACCCUGUUUUGCAAACUUAAACAAUCAAUUGCACUGAAAUAUUACAUUUUCCCCCUAAACAACUGACUGAAUUUGAGCAUCACUUGAUUCUAUCGUCUUUUGUAGGUUAAUGCAAUUUUUGACAGCAAGAAAGUCUUGGCUUGAUGAACAAUGAGACUAAAGAACCCAAGAAUUAAAUUUCAAAGCACAAUUUGGUUGGUGUGUGUGGUUUGGAGGAGUGAGUGGAACAGAUUCAGCCGAAUACUAAUGUCGUGUGCCUUUUUGAGGAGCUGCGUCGGAGGCGCGAAGGGCCUGAGGGUGGCCGGGGCACGGCGGCCCCCUCUCUUGAAUGCGAGAGUGAAUGUGCUGUUGUUGAGACACUGUCACUAAUGCCCGUAGAUAAUUUCAGGUGUCUGAUUAUCAGUCUGGCCGGCUGAGCGCCCCUUGGGCUGCCGCACGUGGCAAAACCCCUGAUGUCGGCUCAAGAACGUUCACUGAAAUUAUGCGAGAGCAGAUGCUCCGUGGAGAAGAGUCUGAGGUCCGUAAAAAGAUUGCUGAGAAGGCAAAAGAUGGGACUCUGAAUGGAGACAAACCGAAAAAACGCGGCCGCUGGGAUCAGACAGCUGAAACAGAGCCUGCAAAGAAAAAGGGAACAAGCACCACGCCUGGUCGCAGCUGGGAAGAAGAUUCAUCUACCACCCCAGCUCACACAAGAUGGGACGAAACCCCUGGACACGUUGGACAAACGCCAGGCGCCACCCCAGGACAGUCAACUCGCAUGUGGGACGCGACCCCAGGCCACGUCACCCCUGGGCACGACAAGGUAGCUACGUCUGCGAGGAGAAAUCGUUGGGAUGAAACCCCUAAAACAGAGAGGGAAACUCCUGGUCACUCUGGCUGGUCUGAGACCCCCAGAAUGGACAGAGUCGCGCCUGAAGACACUCCCUCUGCUUCCAAGAGACGCAGCAGGUGGGAUGAAACUCCCCUGGUUGCCCAGACCCCGCAAACUCCCUCGAUGACCCCAUCAAUGACUCCCACCGCAACACCUGUGGGUACAAAGGCAAUGGGUCUGGCCACCCCCACCCCAGGCCACCUGGUCACCAUGACGCCAGAGCAACUGCAGGCCUUCCGCUGGGAAAGGGAGAUCGACGAGAGGAACAGGCCACUCGCAGACGACGAGCUGGACUCGAUGUUCCCUCCUGGUUAUAAGGUUCUGCCGCCGCCAGCAGGCUACAUCCCGAUUCGCACUCCAGCACGUAAACUGACGGCCACCCCGACUCCGGUGGCCGCCCAAGGCACGCCUGCCGGUUUCUUCAUGCAGAAGGAGGAGAUCGGCCCCAGCAAGUACAUGGAGAACCAGCCCAAGGAUCUGCCAUUCUUGAAGCCAGAAGACGCACAGUACUUUGACAAGUUGCUGCAGGACGUGGAUGAAGACAGCUUGCCGUUGGAGGAGCAGAAGGAAAUUAAGAUCAUGCGGCUGCUGCUCAAAAUAAAGAACGGCACUCCGCCCAUGAGGAAAUCGGCCCUCAGGCAGAUCACCGACAAGGCCAGGGAGUUUGGUGCAGGCCCGCUCUUCAACCAGAUCCUGCCGCUGCUCAUGUCCCCCACGCUGGAGGACCAGGAGCGGCAUCUGCUUGUCAAGGUCAUCGAUCGCGUCCUUUAUAAGCUGGACGACCUGGUGCGUCCCUACGUGCACAAGAUUCUGGUCGUCAUCGAGCCCUUGCUGAUCGACGAGGACUACUACGCGCGCGUCGAAGGCAGAGAAAUCAUCUCUAACCUGGCAAAGGCUGCAGGCUUGGCUACCAUGAUCAGUACCAUGAGGCCUGACAUUGACAACAUAGACGAGUAUGUGCGAAACACCACCGCCAGGGCGUUUGCGGUCGUCGCUUCAGCGCUUGGUAUACCAUCGCUGCUGCCUUUCCUCAAGGCUGUGUGCAGGAGCAAGAAGUCUUGGCAAGCUAGGCACACUGGUAUCAAAAUUGUCCAGCAGAUUGCUAUACUUAUGGGCUGCGCAAUUUUGCCUCAUCUGAGGUCUCUCGUGGAAAUCAUUGAACAUGGUCUUGUUGAUGAACAACAAAAGGUCAGGACCAUCACCGCGUUGGCCAUUGCAGCUUUGGCUGAAGCUGCAACUCCUUACGGCAUUGAAAGCUUUGAUUCUGUGCUCAAGCCCUUGUGGAAGGGUAUAAGGACACACAGAGGCAAGGGUUUGGCCGCCUUCCUGAAGGCCAUCGGCUAUCUUAUUCCCUUGAUGGAUGCUGAAUACGCCAACUACUACACAAGGGAAGUGAUGUUGAUCCUGAUCCGAGAGUUCCAGUCUCCCGACGAAGAAAUGAAGAAAAUCGUGCUGAAGGUGGUGAAGCAGUGUUGCGCCACCGACGGUGUGGAGGCCGCCUACAUCAAGGAGGAGAUCUUACCUCACUACUUCAAGCACUUCUGGAACCACCGAAUGGCCCUGGAUAGGAGGAACUACCGGCAGCUUGUGGACACGACUGUUGAAAUGGCAAACAAGGUUGGAGCAGCUGAAAUGAUUGGUCGUGUGGUUGACGACUUAAAAGAUGAAAAUGAGCAGUACCGUAAAAUGGUGGUGGAAACCAUCGAGAAAAUCAUCUCCAACUUAGGAGCCGCAGAUGUGGACUCGAGACUCGAGGAGUUGCUCAUUGACGGAGUGCUCUACGCUUUCCAGGAACAGACAUCUGAGGAUGCUGUGAUGUUGAAUGGCUUUGGCACGAUUGUCAACCAACUAGGCAAGCGGGUGAAGCCAUAUUUGCCACAAAUUUGCGGUACCAUUCUUUGGCGCUUGAACAACAAAUCAGCCAAAGUGCGUCAGCAAGCUGCUGAUCUUAUUUCGAGGAUUGCUGUCGUCAUGAAGACCUGUUUAGAAGAAAAAUUGAUGGGUCAUCUUGGCGUGGUUUUGUAUGAGUACUUGGGUGAAGAAUACCCUGAGGUUUUGGGCUCGAUUCUUGCUGCUUUGAAAGCGAUCGUGAACGUCAUUGGUAUGACUAAAAUGACACCACCGAUCAAGGAUCUGCUUCCUCGAUUGACUCCAAUUUUGAAGAACAGGCACGAAAAGGUGCAAGAAAAUUGUAUUGACUUGGUUGGGCGAAUUGCCGAUCGUGGUCCUGAAUAUGUUUCCGCCAGAGAAUGGAUGCGCAUUUGCUUUGAGCUGCUUGAGCUGUUGAAAGCGCACAAAAAAGCCAUCCGCCGCGCCACCGUCAACACCUUUGGCUACAUUGCCAAGGCCAUUGGUCCGCAUGACGUGCUUGCCACUCUGCUGAACAACCUGAAGGUGCAGGAGCGUCAGAACCGUGUCUGCACAACAGUCGCGAUCGCUAUUGUGGCUGAGACCUGUUCGCCAUUCACUGUGCUGCCAGCGCUGAUGAACGAGUACCGAGUUCCAGAACUCAACGUCCAGAAUGGCGUGCUGAAGUCGCUGUCCUUCUUGUUCGAGUACAUUGGUGAAAUGGGCAAGGACUACAUCUACGCCGUGACCCCUCUUCUUGAAGAUGCUCUUAUGGACAGAGAUUUGGUUCAUCGGCAAACUGCUUGCGCGGCAAUCAAGCACGUCGCCCUGGGUGUUUAUGGAUUUGGCUGCGAAGACGCACUCAUUCAUUUGCUUAACUAUGUGUGGCCCAAUAUUUUUGAAACGUCACCACAUUUGGUACAAGCCUUCAUGGAUGCUGUUGAAGGAAUGCGAGUGUCGCUUGGUCCCAUCAAGAUCUUGCAGUACACUUUGCAGGGACUGUUCCAUCCUGCAAGGAAAGUCCGGGAUGUGUACUGGAAGAUCUACAACUCGCUCUACAUUGGUGGACAAGAUGCUCUUGUGGCUGGAUACUCUCGGAUUGCAAACGACCCAAAAAAUCAGUACCAGCGCUAUGAGCUAGAUUAUGUUCUCUAAGCCCUAGAUUUUUUUUAACACCGCACUAUUGUGGGUUUCAUUUCACUAGAUCAGAGCAGAGGUGUCUGUAACAGUUGAUCAAUUUGGCUGAAUUAAACUAGAUAGCUGUCAGUUGAAAGGGCCCAAUGUUAAGACCUAUUCAUGCCCUUCAGUUCAUCAAUGCCUACGACCAUGUGUUUAAGUUUGUUCAUUGGCCAGCGAGACCUGAACACCAUGCUUCUCUUUGUUUCAAUCAUCUGCAUUUAAGCUUGGUUUUUGAAUUAUAAUAAAGGAAUAAAAUUUUAAAUCCAA